CUGGGGCCCAAGAUUCAACCAACAUGGCCAAGGCAAGCAGCAGCAGUAUGGGGCCGGCGCGGGACCUCGUCGGGUACGGACGCGCGGGCUGCGACCCCAAGUGGCCUGGCGGCGCCAAGCUCGCAGUCCAGUUCGUCAUCAACUUUGAGGAAGGCGGCGAGAACUGCAUACUCGAAGGCGAUGCAGGCUCCGAGCAUCUCCUCUCUGACAUCGUCGGCGCCGCCUCGUACGUCGGCGCCCGCCAUAUGAACAUGGAGUCGCUUUACGAGUACGGCAGUCGCGCUGGCUUUUGGCGCCUUCAUCGCAUCUUCACGACGCGCCAGCUUCCCUGCACGGUCUUUGCGGUCGGCCGCGCCUUGGAGCAGCACCCGGAGGCAGUCGCCGCCAUGGUCGACGCGCAGUGGGAAAUCGCGUCGCAUGGGCACCGCUGGAUUGACUACCAAAACAUCGACGAGGCCACAGAGCGCCAGCACAUUGCGACGACGGUUGAGACGCACGUGCGCAUGACGGGCAAGCGCCCCGUGGGCAUCUACCAGGGCAAGCCGAACGUGCGCACGCGCCGCUUGGUCGUCGAAGAGGGCGGGUUCUUGUACGAUGCGGACGCGUACAACGACGACCUGCCUUACUGGACGACCGCGUACGGGCGGCCGCACCUGAUUGUACCCUACACGCUCAACAACAACGACAUGAAGUUUGUGUCGCCGGGCGGAUUCGCCAACAGCGAUCAGUUCUUUGUCGCACUCAAGGACGCAUUCGAUACGCUCCUCGCCGAGGGUCGAAGUGGCGCCCCCAAAAUGAUGUCCAUCGGUCUCCAUUGCCGCAUUGUGGGCUUGCCGGCGCGCACAGCCGGGCUGCUGCGUUUCCUCGACUACAUGGAGCAAUUCCGGAGCGAGAUUUGGGUCUGCACGCGCGAAGCCAUUGCGCUGCACUGGCACGCCCACCACGCGCCGCCCCGCAGUGCCAAGCUCUAAGCUAUGAACAUGCAAGAUGAAUGCAAAGUCUUGAGAGGUGCUAUUGCGCUUUC